GGGGGCGAGGGGGGCUGGGUGCACCAGUCAGGUGGUGAGUGUAGUAGUGAGCGGACCGCUGGUGACUCCUCCUCCCUCACCCUUCCAAGGUAACUGGUGAUAAAGGAGACCCGGAGAGUGCAGUGCGCGGAUAUUAGUGAACAGGAGGGAAGAAACCUCCAAGACGCGCGUGUGUGUGUGACAGGAAACGUCAUCGUAAUAAGAAGUGGAUAUAAUACCAACAAUGGACUAUAAUUUAUCAUCAAAGCAAAGACAGGAACACAGCGUGUGAAGGACACCUACAUGAAGGAUUGUGUACAUGUGUGUAUGUGAAUGUGUGUCGGUGUAAAGCUGGAAAAGUUGGAAUGACAUUAGGAAAAGUAGUGUGAGAGAGUACUCGUUAGUGACACCCAGGACGAAGUGUGACAGACACUAACAAUAGAGAACUCGCCUUACAAAAAAUACAGAAUCCCAGCAUCCCAACGGGAAAGAAUAGUAUACCAGGACUCCUUUACAUCCCAAUGGGAAGACCAGAACAAAAGGCCUCGCCUUCAUACUAACAAGGGAAACCAGGACAACUGUAUCCAUCAGCAUCCCAACUGGAGAGAGAGCUGUAUAACAGAAGCCCCAGCAUCCCACCUGGGGAGAUUGGGACAACACAACCCUUGCAUCCCAAUAAGGGAAAACCAAGAAAACUUGAGGUCGCAAGAAAGCAAGAGUGGUGCCGAGAAUGUCUACCACUUCCUGGUACAGGCGCUCCAUAUGGAACUACAAGGGCAGCAGAGAGUACACAAAGAGUGGUUAUGAAUAUAGCCGCACAAAGUUUGUGGAGGAGGACCUUGACAUUGACUGCUCGGACCGUCAUUAUGUCAUCACAGGAUGCAACAGUGGGAUUGGCUACGAGAUAGCUUUGGCUGUGGCCAAGAGGGGCGGCAUCCUCCACAUGGUGUGUCGCAAUGAAGACUCUGCUAAGGCAGCACGUUCAGAUAUCAUCACUACCACCGGCAAUGAUAAAAUCUACCUUCACCUGGUGGACUUGGCACGGCCGAAGGCAGUAACAGAAUGGGCUGCUAAGUUUGCAGUGCAGCAGGAGCACAUUCAUGUGCUUGUCAACAAUGCAGGUUGCCUUCUGCACGAGCGACGGUUUGAUGAAGAUGGCUGUGAGAUUGAUGUUAAUUUUGCUGUGAACACCCUUGCCCCCUACAUCUUGACAAUUACCCUCCUGCCUGUUCUCCAGAGGAACGAGGAUGCACGUGUAAUCAAUAUUUCCUCGGCUGGGAUGCUGUGCGUGCGACUGGAGCCUGAUGACCUCAUGCACAGUGGUAUUGAUCCUUACGAUGGUCUCCUUGUCUACUCUCAAAACAAACGUCAACAGGUGGUGAUGUCGCUGUGGUUUGCUCAGAGGUAUGAUAAGGUGCAUUUUUCUUGCAUGCACCCGGGCUGGGUAGACACUCCUGGUGUGCGAAACUCUCUACCGCAGUUCUACGAAGAGAUGAAGGCCAACCUGAGGUCACCAGCUGAGGGUGCUGACACUGCUGUCUGGCUCGCUGUCUCAAAGGCUGCCCUCAAACACCCCAGUGGACUCUUCUUCCAAGAUCGAAUGCCAGUCGCAACUCACCUACCUCUUGCUUGGACAAAGUCAUCUAUAGAGGAAGAAAACUUGCUAAUGAUCAACAUAGAAGCACUGCGUGUGAAGGUAUUAGGUACCCUAAUGAUGACGGCCAAUGCUGGUAAUCCUGAUCUUGCCGAAACUAGAGAAACUUCCUUAACUGAGCCAAUGGAAACUUUGGAAAAAGCUGCGGAUGAGAAACUUGCCUUUAAAAAUCCCUUUCCUGAUGAGCCCCUUGCUGAUACAUCUUCAGCUAGAAAGGAAGUUCUUUUUGCCCCAGUCAUUUCUGAGACAUCGGUUCUUGAGGCGGCAUCUCCACCUCCCAAGGCGGCAUCUCCACCUCCCAAGGCGGCAUCUCCACCUCCCAAGGCGGCAUCUCCACCUCCCAAGGAGGCAUCUCCACCUCCCAAGGAGGCAUCUUUGCCUGAAGAACCAAGAGGUCCUGCUGAGUCCAAGGAUGAGCAGGUGGAGGAAUCACUUGCAAAAUCAGAGCUUCAGGUGAAAGAGGUAUUUGUUCCUGCAGAACCUGAAAUAGUGUGUGUGUUAGAUGCUGUUCCAUUAGAAUCCUCUUCUAACACAGAGUGCACUGCCACUGUAAAAACCCAAGUUCAGGGCAUUGACUUGCAGCCAUCUGAGGUUGAUCUAGAGAAGUCAUCCACCUGAGAGGUUAGUAAUUUGAUUACUUAGUAAAUAGUAAAGUUAGUAAAUAGAUUUUGUUUUAUGCAUGUAAAAUGUCUGACUACUUACUUAUUCCAUCAAUUUGUAUCAACAGGUAACAUUUGUUAAAGCAAACUGUUAUAGUAUCCUUGUAAACUUAACACAAAAAUGCCUCUUCCAGAUUCCCCAAAAUGGCAGUUAUAACUAAGAAUUUGACUCUACCUGUUGUGAAGACUGCUAAAGUAUAGUCCAGACCCAAACUUAAUGAGUAAGCAGACCAUAGUCUAUUUUCCUUGUGCAGCUCAUCAGGAAAAUGAUAUAUUAAUCCACAAAUACUUCUUAUCCUCUUUCUGAUUACAAAGGAAAGAUAGUUUCUGAGGGCAUUUCAUUAUACUUUAUUCCAUUAGCUUGGCUAAGAACAAAAAUACUUUAUUAAAUAUUACUUAGUAUGAUUGUGAAACUGGCAUAUAGGACGGCAGCAAAUGUAGGUUAUAAGAUUGUAGUGUGAGAAAAACCACUUGUAUGAUUAUGUGCUUAUCCCACAUAAUCAGAGUUGUAGUGCUUGUGUACACUUGCACACACAUUAGUAGGCCUAUAAUAUUGACACAGUGAUCCUUGUUACAGCUUGUUGGUCCUUGAUGAUUACCAUUCAGAAAUGUUAACACUUUUGUAUUUAUGAAUUAAAAAUGAGCAAAUGCGAUAUUCUAUAAAGCAAAUUUAAUAGACUUAACUGUACCAAAGAUAAAAGAUCACUAGAAUUUAUUGCAAUUUAUGUAGAUAUUUAGCUGUACAAAUUAUACCUUCCUGAAGCUCCAUAUGUAUUAUUAGCUCGAGCGAGAGCCUGCACAUUACAAGCCAAGAGUUUGAACCAUCUGCAUCUCUUGCCAGAUAUUAAGAGUUCCAUAUGGCUCAUACACACUGUAUUGGAUAACUGAAAUUGGUACACAUGUUACAAAUAUAUAGUUUUGCCUCUAUGCACAUUUUUUGUUUUGAUUUCUGUGGAUUUACUUUACCUGUUAUUUAACCUUACAUUAGUAGUGGAGUGUUUAAACUUCCAUCAACCAAGUAAAAUACAAAUGUUACUCUUCACCAGUGUGCAUCACAAUGACAAUUUAAUACAGAGAAUCACAUGAUAGCAGAAUAUCAAUACCUGUGUAAAUCCAUUAAAUCAUAUCAAUGACUAUUUAAUAGUAAUUAAAUUGCACCAAUAAUAAUUCAAUUUUGUAAUUUCUUAACUACAAAAUCUUAGUAAUUAUUUUUUAAUGUAUGUGCAGGGGUGAUGAAACACCCAGAUCACUAACAUAGGAAGGGAAAACUUCACAGCACAAUAAUUCUAAAUACUGACUCUUUACGCUGACAAAUAUAUCACUGAUAUAAACAUUUAAAUUAACCAAAAUCAUUGGAAGGUGAUGAGUCACUGUUCCUAUACAGUGAUAUUAUAGAAAAUGAAGCACAGUACUGUAGACUGAAUAAAGAAGACCAUCAACCAACAGUGACUGAUGUAUGGUAGUAUGAACUAGUAGUAGAAUCUUCUAUUCAGAGAGAUGUACGCCAUACCUACUCAGUUACUGGGGAAAACGAUUACAGUAACUGUUGUGUAUGUUCUGAUUUGAUAGAUAUUGCAAACAGGUAAUCUACAUCUAGUCCUACUCCAGUACAGUGUAUUGGGUUGUUUAAUGGAUGCUUUAGCAAUAGAAGGUAUAAUGAAUUGACAAGGUUUUGUAAAGUGUUCAAACUACAGUAUUUUCAUUACCAUCUUGACCAAGACUUACCGACCCCAAAUUAUAAAAGUAGCAAUUUGUCUGGCCAGAUUAUACCUAUAGGAGGACAUUCAUGAACAUAAUUUGAAAUUAAAGGAUAAAAGUUUUUCUAAUGUCAGAAUGCAUGCCAUGAGCAUUACUCUUUAAUGGUGGGUUACAUCAUUAUAUAUUGAUGUACUAUUUCUUUAUCAAGGCGUGAUGCUUAGCCACUGACAAGAGUAGCAUGUGCAAAGCCUAGUGAAUAUUUCAUUUUGCAAGAUGUUUUCAGGGCUGAUAAGCUGUGAUAUAUGUUACCCAGUAAAGUAUUUACAUAUAUACAUACAUAUCCCUCUAAUGAAGAAAAUCUGUGAUCGUUGGGUUGUGCUAGAUGUGUACAAUAAUAAAGAAGCAGGCACUGACUUACCCUGUGCCUGUGUAAGUAAACCAACAUCUACUCGAGAUGUUGAUUUCUAGAAUAAUAUAGGCAAAAAACACCAAGGCAAGAAGAGACUAAUUGUAGAUAAACCUUUACAGCAAAAUGUCAACAAAUCCAACAGAUACACAGGGCUAGUGUUCAUGGAAAAUGUAACAAUGCUGAAACUUUUUACUUUGUUCCCUGGAGUAGUAUUCGGUAGUUGCAAGAUUCCAUAGUCUCCUAAUUUUGUUUUCCUGAGACUUGCUAACACUAUUGGCCUCUACGAGGAUAGGAAGCCAGCGGCUUGUCAAAGAUCCCUCCAUUUACCUUCAUCUUUUCCAGCUGUACUUUAAAACCCAAUAGUUAUUUUUGGCAUUAAUGGCUUUGGCGGGUAGACAGUUUCAUGGGUUUAUAAACCUGUUGGUAAAAAAGCAUCUAUUCUCAGUCCUACAUUGUGUCUUGUUGAGCUUGAAACCAUUGCUCUUUGUUUGUAUUACAUAUGACCUUUUGAAGAAAUUUUCCGGAUCAACAUUCUCCAACUUGUUCAGUACUGUAUUUUAAACGUUUUAAUAAGAUCCGCCCUGUCAUACCUGGUUUGUUAGCCCUGUGGCCCUUAACUGUUCCUGAUCUGCUAGUCGACUUAACUCUGGAAUGAGUGUCAUAAAUCAUGUUGUUUUCUUUGACAAGUUCAGGGAUACUAAAGUUCAUUAUGUGCUGCCACCAAGUUCUCUUAUGAAAAGCUUUGUUGCUGUUGACACUACAUACAUGCUAUGAUGAAAUAAUUUACAAACCUACACACUAUCUACAAAUAGUCUACUCUCAUCUUGAUGUUUGUCUUCAGUGUUGUCAGCACUUUGUGCUUCUUCAACACUAUGCAUUUACUGUACUAUCAUUACUGUGUUCUCAGCAGUGGCCACCUCUCAUUUUGCCAUAUUACAAUUAUCAAGUUUGCACCUCACUCCAAACUGGUAAUUAUGAUCCAUUUUCUUUACUCUGAGGUUAAAUAGUUCAGCGUUUAUGUUGUUCCCAAAGCAACAUGUACAGUACUUAUUAAAAUAGGAAGUUGUGCCAUUUAACUGUUUUAAUACACAGUAUAUACCCAUUAUAAAAAAUGUACUUACGUAUUUAUGCAUGUUAACAUUAUGAAUAAAACAUUAAUAUUUAAA